AUGCAUCACUUUGAGGAAGAACUAACGUGUUCUGUUUGCUACAGCAUAUUUGAAGAUCCACACGUUCUGCCCUGUUCCCACACAUUCUGUAGAAAUUGUCUGGAAAAUGUCAUUCAGCUGUCAAACAACUUUUUCAUCUGGAGACCUCUGAGAAUUUUUCUGGAGUGUCCAAACUGCAGGAGCAUUGUGGAAGUUCCUGCUGAUGGUACAGAAUCAUUACCUAUCAACUUGGCACUGAAGGCUAUUAUUGAAAAAUGCCAACAGGAGGAUCACUCUGAUGCUGCAACCUGCAGUGAACACUACAGGCAACCGCUGAAUGUUUACUGCCUUUUGGACAGAAAAUUGGUGUGUGGCCAUUGCCUUACGAUAGGAAAACACAAUGGUCAUCCCAUCGAUAACCUUCAGAGUGCCUACACAAAAGAAAAGGAGACUUUUGGAAAACUUCUUGAGCAGCUGACUGAUAAACACUGGACUGAUGUCUGCCUGCUUAUUGAAAAGCUGAAAGAACAGAAGUCGCAGUGUGAAGGUGUUGUCCAAGAUGAUAGAAAAGCAGUAGUACAGUAUUUUAAGAAACUUGGUGAGAUAUUGGAGCACAAAAAACAGGUUCUGCUGACAGCACUGGAUGAAAUGAACGCACACAUUUUAGAAGAGUAUGAGCCUCUCAUUGAGAAGCUGAAGAAAAUAAGGGAAGAACAGCUUGAAUUAAUGUCCCUGCAUACCUCAAUUAAAAAAGAAGAGUCCCCACUUAUCUGUCUUGAGAAGGUGAACGGUCUGCAUCAGCGUAUAAAAGCUCUGAAACAGAAGGAACUCCCAGAUGUUAAACCUGUGCAGAUUUAUCCCAGGAUUGGGCACCUGUUGAAAGAUGUAUGGUCCCAAACCAAAAUUAGUCAGAUCAACAAGAUCCUCACUCCAGAAAUAAAACAGAUUCUGAAAGAGAAGUUAUACAGCAAAGGCAGUGGAAAGGAAGGAAGAGACUCAGAAGAACUCCGGCCAGUAAAUCCUUUUGCAGUCCUACUGCUCUUGAUGAUGAUGACAGCAGUAACUCUGUUUUCAUUUCACUGGCCAGUGUUGUCAGUUGUAAUUAAAGAUAUUUGCACUUAUAUUUCAGAAUUCCUGCUGCUUAUUUAUCAAGAUUUUGUCACUCGUUUGCAGAAUACAGCGGAUGUGCUGGACCAUAUGUUUAAUUUACUGAUAGGAAAUUUUAGGGAGAAUUGUUUCUUUUGA